AUGCCUCCGCCUCCAGAGCCGUCCCGCAAACAUCCUCGAUCAAGCGCUACCCCGGGCCCUUCCGCUAAGCGUCAAAAGCGUCAAGAUGGGGCUAGACGAGGUUCUCAGACAUCGGUGGCGGCGCAAGCUACAGAGGGACAUAUAGAAGAGAUCGAUCUCUCCGACGAUAAAGUGGACAUCCAACAAAUUCUACAGAAACAACGUGUGGACGCGGUAAAGGCGCAACAGAAGCCCGAGGAGAUCAAAUUCGGAACCUCCAGCUGCGUAAUCUGCAUGGACACUCCCACGGAUAUCACAGCUACCUCAUGCGGACACCUGUUCUGCCACUCAUGCCUGAUGGAGGCGCUCAUAGCUGGAGAGAGUCGCACGGAUCGUGGCGAGCAGAGGCGAUCUCAAUGCCCGGUGUGCAGAAAGCACAUCAAUCGGACGAAGCCAGGUGAUACCAUCUUCCUCAACUUCUGGAAGCUACCCAAGAAGUCGGAUAAGGCAUGA